AUGGGAUCUGCUUGUUGUGUUGCUGCAAGGGAUAGAACUAUAACAAACAGAUCGUCAAGUGAAAUUCUGCAAAUGAAUGUCAGGUAUUCACCAUCAUGGAGCUUUCGAUGGGAUAAUCGUGGAAGAGUAGCUGGGGAAGGGACACCUGCAAAUUGGUUGCCAGAUGGAGGUGGUGGUAAUCAUUGUAUAGAUGUCAAAUCUGGUUCAACUAUAGAAACUGCAUUUGCUUCUGAAGAUGGUAGCCCAUUGGAUAGUUUCCGGUCACUUGCAUGGCAGAAGUCCCCAAUUACUGAAGGAAAUGCUGGGAUUUUAAGGCUUCCAUCAUCUGAUUCAUCAACUGCACAGAAUUUGACAGAGGUGAAGGAGUCGGAUGAAUUCUCAGUGGAUCCAUAUCCAUCUCGUGUAAAGCUGUCUCCUUCAGCACCUUCAGUUUCAUCUCUUUCGACAUCUCCUUUAUCAUACCAAAGUCAGCUGCAGCAUCCAUACUCAACUCCUACAAGGUGGUAUUGCCAUUCUCCUGGACACAAGCUAUUACGACAAGUAUCAGAUAGUCGGAUUCCAGUAUACAAGUCACCGACAUUAUCAGUAUCUGAGGAGGAGGGGUCCUAUGUGCUCCCUGCUUUGUGCAAUGAUUCAACAAGGGGAUCCAAUGGGGGGUCUUUCGAUAGUUGGUCAAUUCGUGCCUCCUCCGAGCUCAUGACAUCUCGUAGAGGACGGUGGUCAUUUGAUAGUGAAUUAUCGGGUUUCAAUUGUGACAAAAUAACAAGAUCUAAUGGACAAAAUCCAGUAUCUCUUUCUUCUGAUCUCCAAACUUGCGGCAUUUGUGCGAAGCCUUUAACUCAGAGACCUUCAUGGUGCAGCCAAGAACAUGCUGCUGUUGCAGUUUUAGUUUGUGGGCACGUGUACCAUGCUGAGUGCCUGGAGAAUAUGACAAAUGAAGCCGACAAGUAUGAUCCAGCUUGUCCAGUCUGCCCUUUUGGGGAGAAGCGGGCCUUGAAGAUGUCCGAAAAGGCAUUGAAAGCUGAAAUGGAUUUGAAAGUCAGAAGGCGAUCCAGGAAUCGCGUUGUUAAUAGUGAUCUCGUGAUGUUUGAUCAUCAGAAAAGCAUUACGCAUGAAGGAAGGGGCCCCAAAUUGACAAAAAGUUCCAGCUUGAAGAGCUCUUUAGGAAUGCCUUUCUUGAAACGGCACUUCUCAUUUGGGUCCAAGGGGAAUAUAUCGUUGCUGGAGAAUCGUUCUACUCAAAGAAGGGGAUUUUUCUGGGCGAAAUAG